GCUGUUACUGGAAAUCCAUUCUCCCCCUGGCCCUUGGACGGCGGGCUCACCCUUCCUGAGUCUGCUUUGAGACCUGGGCAUUGGUCUCUUAAUGAAAUGUAUACUCGGAUCGAGACUGCUGUUGGGUGGUCGCCCUGCCAAUGUCUAUUGCAAUUCGGCCAAUCUAAUCUUUCCGCUCAGACGCCCACAAAAUUCAACCGCCAGCUCCAGAGCAGUCGGCUAACUUGGGGUAAUAACUCUUCAGUUUCACUCUCCAGCCAAUUAACUGGUCAUGCAUCCACUGGUAGCAGCUUCGUUGCCACUACAGUUGCUUCUCCAGGUGGAGCUGGUGACGGCACUUUGACUAUGGCUGAGAUGGAAUCAGGUCUUGUUCUACCACUGCCCAGGUCGGCGAUGACGGAAUUUCUAGCAACGGGGGGAGGCUUGACUAGAUCAGAUGCAAACUAUCGGGCAUCGGUAGCCUACGGGCCAACACGGCAAUUGCAGACUAAAAUCUCUAUCAUAUUCUGUGUUUUCUCUGCUGCCCAACAGGCCCUUGUUCUCCGCGAUUAUUCAACCUUCCUCACUGCUGUUGCGGCCGUCUUACCUCGUAUUCUAGAAUGGGCCUUACCUACUUCUGAAAAUGGCCGAACCUUGCCUUGCCUUGAGACUAAUUUGAAUGAUGUACAAAUGAACCUGUCUCCCAGUGGAGAUCCUCUCUCAUGGCAUUUGCUCCGCUUCCUCACCCAUUUAGUCCUCGUUUUGCAAACAGUCGAAUCAAACCUUCCUGUACGUAUGUUACACUUUUGUUGUCCGACUUGA